UUCUUUUUGAAUUUCGCUAGAGAAAAUGUCAUACAAAUUCUCUAAUAAGGCUAUUGUCAUUGAUGGCCGUGGUCAUCUUUUAGGACGAUUGGCAUCAAUCGUUUCUAAGCAAAUAUUGAAUGGCACAAAGGUUGUCAUCGUUCGUUGUGAGGACUUGCAAUUAUCAGGACAUUUCUUCCGCAACAAAAUAAAGUUUCUCUCGUUCUUAAGAAAGCGCUGUAAUGUAAAUCCAGCUCGUGGUCCAUUCCAUUUUAGAGCUCCCAGUCGUAUGUUCUGGAAAGCAGUCAGAGGUAUGGUACCAUACAAGACACGUCGUGGAAAGCUUGCUUUGGCCCGCCUUAAGGUAUUUGAGGGAAUUCCUCCACCAUAUGACAAACAAAAGAGAGUUUGUGUUCCACUUGCUAUGAAAAUCUUAUGCUUGAGAUCAGACCGUAAAUAUUGUCAAGUUGGACGCGUUGCACAUGAAGUCGGCUGGCAAUACAAAGAUGUCGUCAAUACUCUUGAAACUAAGAGAAAGAUCAAAGCUCGCUUGCAUUAUGCUCAUAAACAGCGAUUAGCUAAACUUCGCUUACGCGCAACACAGAAAGUUUCAAAGGGAAUCAAGAAACAGAAUACCAUCCUUAAGAAUUUCGGAUUUGUCACAUCAGAAAAUGAAGUUAAAGUUAAUGCAUAAAUUAUUUGCUGAAAGAUUGUAACUCGUACAAUAAGAUUCAAUAAAAGCGGAGAAUCUAUGAGAAAAAUAUAUCCUUAAUGAAUUAUCCUAG